UGACAAAGAAAACGUAUCCCAAUCUCGAGGACUUUCUUCAGAUCCCAAUUUUCCAACACUUUCUUCCUUCGUCAUGAGUUAUACCAAAACCAUUGCUUCUUCCACCCUGCAACUCCAACUUCAAUCACCUUCCUUUCGUUUCCGCAGAUAGGAACAAUUCUCUCUCUGCAUUAUGGACUCUCCGCUUCUCCUCUUCCUCUUCCUCUUCCUCUUCCUCUUCCUCUCUCCCACUCCCUCCUUCUCCAUUGACAAUUUACACCAAGCCUUUCCCAUUGUGGAACCUGAUCCCGGUCACACAAAACUUCGUCUUUCAAGAGAAGGUUUGGAGGCUAUCAAGAGAAUAACCAACCCCAUUGCGGCAGUGGCAGUGAUUGGGCCGUAUCGUUCUGGAAAAUCUUUUUUGCUUAAUCAACUUCUCUCUCUUUCUUGUUACGAAGGGUUUGGUGUUGGGCACAUGCGUGACACCAAGACAAAAGGAAUAUGGGUUUGGGGAACACCUAUAGAUUUGGAUAUUAAUGGAGUAAGAACUUCUGUCUUUUACCUUGAUACAGAAGGAUUUGAAAGUGUUGGGAAGUCCAAUGUAUAUGAUGAUCGGAUAUUUGCUCUGGCAACUGUCAUGAGUUCUGUGCUUAUAUAUAAUUUGCCUGAGACGAUACGUGAAGCUGAUAUCUCUCGACUCUCUUUUGCGGUUGAGCUUGCUGAAGAAUUCUAUGGGAGAGUGAAGGGUCAAGAUGUUGCAUUUGAACCUGCUAAGCUCUUAUGGCUCAUCCAACGUGAUUUUUUGCAAGGGAAAACGGUGCAAGAAAUGGUGGAUGAAGCUCUUAGACGAGUCCCCAAUAUUGAUGGGAACAAAAAUAUUGACGUGGUCAAUCAAAUCCGGGAUUCAUUGGCUGUUAUGGGUGACAACAGCACUGCCUUCAGCUUACCGCAACCACAUCUCCAGCGGACAAAGCUUUGUGAUAUGAAGGAUGGGGAGCUUGAUCAAUUAUAUAUCAAGAGAAGGGAUCAAUUGAAAGAGCUUGUUGCUAGCAUAAUCUCUCCAAAGAUUGUACAGGGCAAGACUCUAAAUGGGAAGGAGUUUGUCUCCUUCCUGGAGCAGAUACUUGAAGCCUUGAACAAGGGAGAGAUUCCAUCAACAGGCUCUCUUGUGGAGGUUUUCAACAAGAAUAUUCUUGAAAAGUGUCUGAAGUUGUACAAUGAAAAGAUGGCAAAACUAGUUCUACCUCUUCCUGAGGAAUCUCUGCAAGGGGCCCAUGAUAAGUCUAGAGAUGAAGUCAUGCAAGUCUUUGAUCAGCAGCAUUUUGGUCGUCACCAUGCUAAGAAAUCAGUUAUGCAGCUGGAUGAAGAAAUACAACAGGUGUAUAAGCAUGUUGUUUUGAAAAAUGAGUAUCAAUCUUCAAAGCUCUGUGAGGGACUGUACACCAGAUGUGAGGACAUAAUGGAUCAGCUUCAAGUUCUCAAACUUCCUUCCUUGGCAAAAUUUAAUGCAGGUUUCUUGCAAUGCAAUCGAAGUUUUGAGCGUGAAUGUGUUGGACCUUCAAAAACAAAUUAUGAGCAACGCAUGAUGAAGAUGUUGGGGAAGUCUCGGUCUCUGUUUAUAAAGGAGUACAACCACAGGCUCUUCAAUUGGUUGGUGGCCUUCUCACUGGUUAUGGUAGUGAUUGGCCGCUUUUUUAUAAAAUUCAUUUUGAUUGAAAUUGGAGCAUGGGCACUCUUUAUAUUUCUGGAGACAUACACAAGAAUGUUUUGGUCGGCAGAGGCACUUUACUAUAACCCAGUUUGGCAUUUUAUAGUUGCAACUUGGGAAACUGUUGUUUACAGUCCAGUCCUGGAUCUUGACAGAUGGGCUAUUCCCCUCGGUGUAAUUCUGUCAUUGUUUGUUCUAUAUUGGCGGUGUUAUGGGAGAAAGAAAUAUGGAUCGCAGUGGCUAUUACCUUUAUACAGAAGCAAUAAAAAUGGUCCUAAUCGUCCACGAUCAGACUAAAUCUAUGAUGAUGAUUGCAGUUGCCGGCAUGUUUCAAGAGUUUGGCAUGCAAUUCGUCCUAUAUUGCGAGCUUUAUAUUUUAUUUUUUUACAGAGCUCGCCGGCCCCUUCAUCUUCAAAAAAGGCUCUUCUUCUUCUUCAGAGUGUAAAAAGGUGGUGAACAGAGGGUGAUUGACCUCUUCUGUAGCUUCUACGACUUUAGCGCCUCAAAAAUGUUGUUCUUUGUUGCCACAAUGGCACUAUAUUUGAUUACUUUGUGUAUUAUUUCACAAUUACUUCCAUAGGAUUGUAGAGUAAAUUAAAUAUUAUAUACUAUGUUGUGCCCCAAUCAUGUAUGAACGUGUAAACUGGUAAAUUUAAAGAAAGGAAAAAGAUGCUGAUUCUUUGUUCUC